GGAAGCGAGCUCCUACGACGACAGAUCUCAGUCUGACUGUAACGAAGGUACGCUAGCGAUCAAGCGGCGCUGCCUCUACACCUCGGCUGCAUGUACCAAGAAUAUGCUCAUGCUACCUGUGAGUGCUGGAUCUUGACUGGCCAAGUCCCAGUCAGAAAGCCCUCAGCACUUCAGGCAUUCCGUCGUUCAAGCAAAUGGGAACGAGUCAUUAUGCGAGCAAUACUACGAUUGCCGAAUACGAUCGCUCCCUUUGUAACCCACUGAAGUACCGGGACUCAGCUCAAGAGAUAACAUGAUUGGUGCAAUGGCACAAUGCAUUCUCUGUUCGUACCCACUAGCAGAAUAGCGCUGAAGGGAGAACUGGCUCUCCUGGGAUCCCAUCAUACAUCGUAAAAGUCUUCGGGAGUGGACACGCGUUGCUGUUCUGUGAGAAGACCCAGGGUCGUGUCCAAUGAUACAAGUCCCGCCUUGUGCCGUCAUGUCAUGGUCUGCAUUCCGAUGCCCAAGGUGUCGUAUAUUCAGCCGUCAUCUUGACUUCUGCGGGGCUGUUACUUCGUCACGUCCGCCUUUGCACAGAGCGAGUUCCAGCAGCGUGUAGCGCGAACCGUCCGAUGUCCGCGUGGAAUGCAGAGGCCCUUGAGGGUAUAAGAUGAAUACGUGGGCAACGCUCACUGCCGAGAGCGUCCUCGAAGACUUUGUAAGCUGCACUUGAGUUUUCAGUCACGACGAUAAUUUGAAUGUCAACAUGCUUCCAAGCACAUCCCUCGCGCCCACGCUGACAGCGGCGGCCUCGUUCUUCAUCAUUGCGCUUUUGAUCUUGUUACUGCGAAGAUUCUUCACAUCGCCUUUGAACGGGAUUCCAGGACCAUGGUGGGCUAGACUCUCGGAUCUUCCGCUCUUUUACAAGUCAGCGGUAUGCCUGCAACAAGCACAGACUGUGGAAGAGCUCCACCGCAAGUAUGGAUCAAUUGUUCGCAUUGCUCCGAAUGAGGUCGCCGUCUCUUCUCUGGCGUCCUUCAAAGUAGUGAACAAAAUUGGUGGCGGGUUCGUGAAGUCGCCUUGGUACGAAUACAUUGGACCGACCGAGAAGAACUACCCGCCUGCAGGACUGUUCCAACAGAACGAUCCCCAUAAGCAUGCCAUGACAAGGAAACUGUUCGCCCGUGGGUUCACAGCUGCGUAUUUAAGAGCUGAAUGGGAGGAUAUGGUUCGAAACAAGACAGCCAAAGCUGUGGAAGGUAUUGCUCAAGACGCUCGAGACGCACGGGGUGUAUGUGACGUGCGACGAUGGUUGACUUUCCUGGCCAGCGACGUCAUAAGCGAGCUGAUGUUUGGGGAGUCGCUCGGCGGGCUUGAGACGCAAAAGAUGCAUGCCUUCUUCCACGAAGUUCGCUCCUCGAACUUGGCGUCUCUGCUAUCAUACCAUUUGCCUCUGGUCUAUUCAGCUUUGAGCUGGAUACCUUUGUCAGCGUUAACAGACUUCUUCAACGCUUGGAAAUCUCUACUCGACAUCUCCUCGAUCGCGUACAGGAACAGUCUCAGCAAUGCGUCCAAUAAGAACAUUUUCUCCGGAAUCCUGGCCAAAGCUGAAGAGGACGAUGAGGCUCUCACGCCCAUGCAAGUCACCGUCGAGGCCGGCUCUUUCAUCAUCGCUGGCAGUGAGACCACCUCGGAAUCACUGACUUACCUGAUCUGGGCUGUGCUUAAGCGACCGGAAGUGCAGAAUGAGCUGCAGCAAGAGCUCGCGAAAAUAGACAGCGGGGCCAGCGAUGCCGAGCUGGAGAAACUGCCUGUCCUGAACGCUGUUAUCAAGGAAACCCUUCGACUCUAUGCUGCCAUUCCCAUGCCUGAACCUCGAGUCGUGCCAAAAGGUGGCGUCACUCUUGAACGACAGUUCCUGCCAGAGGGCACAGUCGUCAACACUACGCCGUGGGUGUCACAUCGAGAUUCCGCCAUUUUUCCCGACCCAGAGAAGUUCGACUUCCGACGUUGGCUUCCCGACGGCUCAGCGACUCUUUCGCCGGAUGCUCGAACUGCUUGGUGGCCUUUUGGUGCUGGCAGUCGCACUUGUAUCGGCCAGCAUCUUGCAAUGAUGGAGAUGAGACUCGCCACAGUGCUGUUUUUCAAGAGGUUUGCCGGAGCCAAGCUAGCAUCAGACACGACCGAUGAUAGUAUGAUUAUGAACAACUAUGUGGUCAUCUCCCCGAAGAGUGGGAAGAUGAAGGUGGAUUUCUCGAAUGUGAGCGGUCUGUAA